AUGUUACCUAUUUUAAUGUACAAUAACAUGGAAGGGAGUUCUAAUUCGUUAAGUAAUUCACCUAAUUCUAGUUUCAACCAAUAUGACGAUAACAUAAUACUAAAUUGUGUGAGAAAUCGUAAGAAAGUGACUGAGUUACCUAAUUGUCCUGUGUGUAGCUGUACUAUUAGGCAAGGUGAAUUGGACUCUCAUUUGAUUUUAGAAGUCGAAAGACUACAAAAAAUAUCUGGAAGUGCUUCUAAAAGAAAACUUAGUGCUAAUUCUAGUGGUUCUGGUGGUAAUUUAGCAGUUCCCGGUUCUAGUACGAGUCUUGACGUGCCAGAGGAUGAGGUCGAUGUCUCCGGCUGUUUAGGCAGUGAUGUUUAUCAACGUGUGAAAUCAAACCGCCUCCGUCGGCUCCGAGCUCGUCGGCGCACCACCCCCCCUCCACAGGCACAGAGCGGAGAAUGUCCUGUUUGCAAUACGAUGCUGCCCGUCACCAGGCUUCAACGGCACGCGCUCCGCUGUCUCAAGAGAACUGGCGCUGAGUUAGAUGAAGAUGUACCGGAUACAAGCUCUGAAGAAGGCAGUAUAGAUGUGGAGAACGACGAGCCGGCAGGCGGUGCAUUCGGCGCUGAGUACAGAUGGUGCGGCGAGUGGAGAGUGAGAGCUGGUGCGUUGCAGGAUGGAGAUGCACGACCGGCCACCUGCGUGAGAAGAGCCUCCAACGACCAGGCGCUGGUAGUGGAUGGAGAUGAGGAUGCCGAGCUUUAUGGACCACCACAGUAUUCUCCGUCGAGGAUAGAGCCCGAUGCUAAUGAAGAUCAGACAGUCAUACAAGAAGAAAGCGAGGAACACACGCCAGAUGACGUCGUCAAAUCAGACCAAGUAGAAACCACUGCCAAGAGUAACGGACUAGUUGAAGCCAGCGCUGAAACAAGAGUGCAAGCCCUCAAGGCGCGAAUCAGAGAAUUGGAGCAGAAGAACAAUGGAGCCGGCGAGAUGAAAUGUCUUAUAUGUUUGGGAGCGUAUGCGUCUCCCACCGUCUCCAUACAGUGCUGGCACGUUUACUGUGAGGUCUGCUGGCUACAAUCUCUGCGAGCGAAGAAAAUUUGUCCACAGUGCAACGCUAUCACAACCGCACAACAUCUCAGACGAAUUUACAUGUAA